AUGCUGCUACUGAUGCUGCUGCUCGUGCCGUGUGUUCAGGCGGGGGACACGGUGCCGGUAGGGAACGACCCGCAACGGAGUCACCGCGCGGAACCGAGGCAGGAGGAACUUCCGGUGGGCCUUAUUCGCAGUCCGCUGCUGCACGAGCACUCCUUUGGUGCCCCCAUCGUUACGGACUGGUGGCAUGAGGGGGUGCCACACUUUAUGAUUGGCGGCUCGGCGGUGGCGAAUGAAAAGUUUAUUCGCCUCACCACCAACAGCCCCGGCGAUCACGGGUUCGCCUUCAACACGGCCCCCUGCGACCACCGCUCGUGGGAGGCGCGGUUGCGGUUCUCGAUUCGCCCGCCGCUGCCGCUUGUGCGGGCACGGAAGCGGCAGCAGCCGCAUGACGAAAAUGAGGUGUCGUACCAGGGCGGCGAGGGCAUGGCGCUGUGGUACCUGGAGCAGCCACUCGGGGACGACCAUCAGCACGUGCCGAAGUACAGCAAGCCACUGGACCCGGCCGCCGCCGAGAAAGAAAAACUGCACCGCGACCCCAUACGCAUCGCGGAUCUGCUCUUCAACACCCCAGAAGAUGAUGAAGAUGAUGAUGAUGAAGACGCGGAGGAGGCCAACGCAACGGUGCGGGAGAAGCGCCGUGCGGAGCGGCUGCUGCAGCAGCAGUCGCGCGAAGCGAUGUACCGCCAUCUCCUGCAGCGGGGCACCUCAACGGACAACAGCAACCUUGAGCCCCGCAUUUUUGGGCUAAAGUUCUCGGAGUUUAAGGGUUUCGGGGUUCUCCUCGACUCAGUGGGGCACCGCGAGGAGGCCGACCACCAACGCCACCGCGGCAACAACGACAACACUGGCGCAGCCCCGCACGCGUUGCACGAGCCGCGCGUCACACUUCUGUUUAAUCUGCCAGCGAAGGAACGUGGUGGGGCAAAGCCGCCAGUGAACAACUUUAACCCGCAGGAGCCUGACUUCCGCACGUCGGCGGUGCGACUACAGUGUCAGUACGACUUCCGACAGUCUCCAACGGAGCGUGCAGUGCAAAUGUCGGCAAAGACGGCGCAGGAGGAGGGUCAGGAGGACACGAAAGAGGCGCUACUGCGUCGCACCCCGGAAGAUCCGGUGGAGCUUGUCGUACAGUACCACCGUCGCCGCUUGACCGUCAUGCUCACACGCGAGGACAUGAGCCGCCGCCGCCUGAUCUCCGCGAGCACUGGUGACACGCUGCCGCAAACUUCGCAGAGGGGUGGAACCGCCUACCGCAUCGAGAAGACGCACGUCACGACGCUGUGUGGGGAGUUUGACAACGUGGAGCUGCCGCUGAAUUAUCACUUUGGGGUUUCUGCCAGCACCGGGCCGCAGGUGAAGCGGCAUGCAAAAGAGAAAGUGGGGGCGGGCAACCCCUCAUUCCCAGACAAGGGGGUAAUCAGGACGCUGCUGCACGAGUUCUACGGGGUGGAGGCGACAGAUAUGCAUGUGGACGUGCACGAUGUAAUUGCGUUUGAGCUUCGUGAGUUGGGCAAAGACGCCAAGGCGAUGGGGUACUCCAAGAGCAUCCCGAUUGAACACUUCGACUACGACUUUGACCGACGCGAGCGCCUGCACUUAUCGCGGCAACUCCCCGUUGAGCCGGAGCCAGACGAGUAG